GAGUGGACAACCCUACGUUCUAGUAAUAGUUUUCCUGUUUGUAGUGAAGUGAAAUAUUAAAGUGCUAUGCCGGGGGUUGGAAGAGGCGACGGCCAAGGGCCGGCGGUUGGAAAACUCGAGUCACAGAUUUAUUGCAUCAAGUAUACUUUGUUCUGCUUCAACAUUGUACUAUGGUUGUUCGGUGCUUCAGUAUUCGCCUUAUGCCUUUGGAUAUGCAUCGAGCCCGGAUUCAACGAGUGGAUGAGUAUUCUCCAACUGCAAAAGUACUUUAUCGGUAUCUACAUAAUACUUAUCGGUUCACUAGUCAUCAUGGUCGUAGCAUUUCUUGGAUGCGGUUCAGCGCUCAUGGAAAACGUUAAGCUUUUAUAUGCGUACAUAAUAUCUCAGAUAUCAUCUUUCGUACUUGGAUUGGUAGGCGCAUGUGUUGUUUUGGAUUUCUCUACGUACGACUCCAGCAUCCAGCCUCUCAUCAAAGACGUCAUCCUAAGGCUUAUGAAUAACCCUCAACACGAAGGGAGCCGGGAAAUUCUUAGGAUGGUGCAGGAAGGGAUUGGUUGCUGCGGUGCUGAUGGCCCAAUGGACUUCCUCAACCUCAAUAAGCCUUUGCCAUCAGAGUGCCGUGACUCCGUCACUGGCAACGCGCACUUCCAUGGUUGCGUAGACGAGCUUACGUGGUUUCUGGAGAGCAAGACGGGUUGGUUGGCAGGCAUUGUUCUCGCUUCAUGUAUGAUUUGCGUGGUAAAUGCUGUCAUGUCAUUGGUCCUCAUCCAAGCAGUCAAGAAAGAAGAAGAUGAAUCAGUUACAUACAAAAACUGAGCAAGUUUAAUUGUAAGAUAAUCUUAAUUUUUAGGCUUACGGAGUUAUAGAAAUAGAUUUAUAUUUUAUUUUUAUAUAAAUAAACACUAUUUAAA